AAGACCGACCCUCCGAAUCGGACGAGCUGCAGACCAUCCAGGAGCACAGCGGAGCGGCUUCAGAGUGCGGGUCGGAGAGCCCCGAGCAGGACCUAGAUUAGGCUAGCUUUUUUUUUUUCCUCCCUUCUCCUCUCUUUUGCCUCUUUUCCUCCUCUUUCUUUUUUGUUCUUUUUUUCGCCCUCUCAUUUAAGAGAGAGACACCAAGCCCCUUCAUUUUACACAAACGAACCCCAGCUUUUCUAAAACCAUGGCAUCCGCAAGCAGCUCCGCACAGGCCGCCUUCGGCCUGGGCCGCAGGAAGAAGAGCCCCGGCCUCCUGGACCAGAUCGGGAAGUUCUUUGGAGGGGACAAGAAGAGGAAGGGCAAGGGCUCUUUCCGGGGGGCUCUCUCUCCAGCCCCUCAGAAAGCCUCCGUGACCUCCCCCCGUAAGCGAGGUGCCGAGAACGCCGUGGUCCAUUUCUUCCGCACGAUCGUGUCCCCCGCCCCCCCCAAGUCCAGGUGGAGAGGACUAGCAGCCAAGAUGGGCCUGGGUCCUCAGAAGUCACAGUCUGCCAAAGCCAAGAAGGCCGGCGCCGGGGACGGCAAAGGCUCCCUGACUAGGAUCUUCAAAAUGUGAUGAUAUCCGCAGCAGAGGAAGCAGGAGUGCGUCUCCGGCCAAACGCUGAAGUCCCUCCCUCCAAACCCCUGCCAACGGCACGAGGGCAGACCUUCAGCAGCACGUGGGGGGGACAAAAAAAAGAAAUAAAGAAGAAGAAUAGGAGCAAAAAAAAGUCCCCGUUUUGCCUCAGUUAACACUCUAAUGUUCGCUAAAAGCCCUUCAUCUCCCCCCGCUACCGACAGCGACACAAUCUGCCCCGCCUCGCCCCGCCUCGCCCCGCCUCGCCCUGAUCAUCGGUGUGAACUGUUUGCUGAUCCUGAAGCCGCUCACAUGUGCAGCCUGAAUGACCUCCUGACCCCCCCGCCCCCCCCCCCCCCCGGCUCUCUCCUCAUCUAUAUAUUCAUGUGUUCUGCGCUUGAGUUUUACCGAUGUGUUUUCCGUCGUUCCUUCUAACGGCCGGUGGCUGGACCGGGAGCCGACCCGGAGCGCCGGAGGGACCCUGAGGGCCGGCGCGAGUCCGACUGACUCGGCCGUCACUGCCGCUCGCCGAACGUUUGGGAAAAGAACCGGGUCGCUGCCGGUUUCAGAGAAGAGCGGUUUUCUGUCCCGUCGACGCCGUCUCCGUCCGUCCCUCCCACUUUCUUCUGUUCCUGAGAAGCUGUUGAAGAUUUAACACCUUUUUGGUUCGCCGUUCGGGAGAGAGCCAGUUUCCUUUGGCGUGUCUUGAGUUCCCCCUCAUGUUUCUUCUCUGUAGCUAAGUGUCCCGUCGUUCGUGUCACGUCACUGUUCGUCCGCCACCAAGAGGCUGGCUGUGGAUAUUUCAUGGUGAAAGUUACACCUCUAAACCUUCUAAAUCAAUCCUUCUAUCAGUCCCCGAGAUAAUUCACGCUAAUUCACCUUUCUGUCUGUAACCAAGUCACCUCGACGUCAACCUUCCCAUCUAAAAUAUGCUGAAUCUGAAGCCGGUGCCACAGCGCGAAGCCAGAUUCAGACCUGAUGCUUUUCGUCUUCGUCUUCAUCGUUUUUCUCCCAAGCACAGCGCAC